UUAUUGGACCGUAGAGGGGAAUAACAAUUGAACAGACAAAAAACAUCGAAGGUAAAACAAAUCGAUAAACAUCGAACUAUCGAUUGUUUUCCAGCUGUGUUGUAUAUACAUAUGUCCAUUUAAAUUGUGCAACCUGCAAUUUUCAUUUUUGGCUAACUAAAUUCUUUUGAUGAGCGACUCCAAGGAAGCACGAAACCCGGGUGAGGGCAUACGCUCUCUCCGUAGCACAAGUGUUUUUAGGUUAAUUAACUUCGAGCUAUAUACGAAGCCGAACAAAAUCAUAAUGGGCUUGGGCUUGGCUGCAUUCGCUGGUGUUUUCGGAUACAUAGCGUACAUGCGCCAAAAAUAUGUAAGUCUUGGAUAUUAUGCAGCUGUGCAAGAAAACGGACAGGAGGUGUUUACCAAGCAACAGUCAAAGUGGGAACAAUAGGAUUAUUUUUCUGUUUUUGAAAUUUAUUUACUCGGUAGCACAAUUUGGUACAUAAAUUUGUUGUUAUUGUUGUUUCCAAAAAUAAUAAUCACAAUAGUAGAAAAA